AUGUUACGUGACAGGAACACGUAUCUAGCGGAGGCCUUGCGCAGCCACAUAGAUAGCUUCGGGAGCUCUGCAGAGCAGCUUAGAGCUAAGAUAGAGACCAGCAUACAGUCUAUAGGAGCCGAUUUCUGGAAACAUAACACUGAAAAGGCGGAAGCAAUAACGGAGUCACUGGAAAGAUAUGCUUCUGGUCUUGGAGAACGCAUUCAGGCAUUACUGGACAAUAUCAUUGACGCCUAUAAGGAGGCGCGCUCACGGAAGAGGGAGGUUUCUGAUGCCUUUGUUCUUCUGAGGGGUCUUCUGCAAACUUACUCUAAUCUGUUCUUCUACGGCGUAACAGCCCCGAUAAUAGAUGUCACAUCCUUUUCACCACCCCGGUCUCCAGUGGUAGCGGUCCGCUCUCAUCUCCGUCAACUUGUUUCUGAAUAUAGCGUUCCCGACGCCCCUCUUCUCGAACUGAACAUAUCUGGGAUCAAACAAUUUACAUGGGCCUAUGAAAAGCUCAAGCCAGAUACUGUUUCUAUUCAGGCUCUCUUCUCUGGUAAGGAGGGGCCUCUGGCCAUCAAAAAUGCCAUGAUUGACUCCUAUCUGAAUGAUACCAGGGGGAUUUACAACUUGCUAUUUCAGAUUCUUGUUCGUGACUAUGGAGAGGAUGUUUCUCCUUACCCUUCUUCAUUAGUUGGCGCUGCAUUUCGCCUACUUGACUCUAAAGGCAUGAAUUCACAGAGUCCACAUAGUACUGUACAAAUCUCCGAUAGAUUGCUUUAUAAUCAGCGAAAGUAUCUUAAAACAAAGCUAGCAUUUCAUGAGCAUGUGCUUUCUUCAUAUUAUGAAAUCCACCAAUCUCUGGAAGACUCCUUGAAAGUCCACGACUCCUCUUUGUUUAGAAAGCUGCAUACGAGAACAACACUUAAUGACGAGCAUCGCCUGCUCAAACAAGCUAUGUCCUUUAUACGUCAAGGCGAAUACACUGACAUGGGCUCAGUAGUGUCGGCCUUGGAGUCAUGCAUCAGCAGUGCAACGAGCGAGCUUCCACAGGCAAUACUUCUCGAUCCUCCAUCCUUUUCAGCCGCUUCAGCGCUUGAUGUCCGACUUCAAACUCAGACAAGAGUUCUUGCCUUUAUUAAGAAGCAAAUUGGCUUGCACGCCCAGUUUGACAUUCUAGAUGUGGAGCACUCCCUUGCAGAUAUCGAGAAAAAGUUGCGACAACUGAAUGCUCAGCUUAGGUUAAGUAUUCCAGAAGCAGUACAGCGCCUAGAAGAUCACUUGAUGGUUGAAGUGGGAGUCUACACUUCCGUGGGUAAUAAGGACUUUCCUGCACGCCGUAUACUUGACGCAUUACAACGAUAUCGCCUAGACCCCGACACACUUCUGCAAGAAUAUGCAGAGGUCUCGCUCUCUGUAAAGGCAAUGGAAUAUUAUAUCAAAUCUCUUCUUGCCAUUGUUCAACCAGGAGACGAGGACCAUCAGUAUGUUUCCCAUCUUCUACAGGUGUUCGAUGCACAUUUUGAUGAUGCACUCACAAAAUUAGUUAACGCUGAAGGCACGACUGGUAGGACCGAAACGUGCAACGUAGAUACUCCUUCGGGUAGACUUGAGACUCAAUAUAAGCUGCUUCAUGAGCUGUCUUUACUAACUGCGGUAUCAAUCGCAUCUGGCUCUCUCUUAUCUUCAUUUCAGAAGUUUACUAAAGGGUUACCAAUCCCGGGGUUAAAAGAUAUAACACCCAAUUUGUUUGCGUUGACCAGUCACUGUCAAAUCCCGACAAGUGCCCUCUUGCAGGAGGCAGAUUUGAUCACCGUGGCUUUGCGCCCGCUCACAGAGCCGCACGGUGUACUCUCACAUGCUCUGCAUAAUGCAUCAGAAAUUAUUCAAUCUGCGGGGGAAGGCACACGUGUUCUUUCUGCAGGUAUAUUUAACGACAACAGAAGUGCGCGACUGGCAGACUUAUCUCGAGCUUAUGCAGUACGCAAUAAGAUGCGACUUGAGGACAUGAUGGGGAAGAUUAGACGAUGCUUUGACGUUCACAACAGGGCUAUCAUGAUACUUAGUAACAGUACCGCAGAUUUGCUCGGGCAAAAGGUACAAACACUGUCGAAAAUUAUAGGAUCUCCACAGCCACCCGAACUCGAUGCACGAGCACAAUACGGGGAACUAUAUGGAUCACUAAAGGAUCUCACAUUGAAGACUGGACAAUUGACCAUGCAAUCUGAGCUAUCCACUAUAGAAAAAUUCAUCAAGAGCAGAAAGCGCUAUUCGGCGCACUUAGAAGAGCUGUGUCAAGAGAGCAAGAGGUUUACUAGUCUCGGAGACGAGAUAGCUAAGAUUGUAGAGUCUCACAAUGCAAUAUGUGAUAGAUCAUUGGAGAUACUAAAGCAAGCUAGCGACAAUUAUGCCGAACAGCUCAAAGAGUUAUGGAAUGAAGGGAUUCUAAAGUAUGAUCAACUUACGCAAACGCUGCACGCUGAGGCAGCGGAGGACAGGACGAAGUUUGCGGACAUGAAGGCACUUAUUGAGCCGUGCUUAAUGUACUCUCAAUUUCCACCGUCCCAGAGUUUAGUGUCCAGCAUCUGUGCCCCGUUUAUAAACGAGAAUGAGGAGAUUACAGAGGGGGGCGGCGUUGGGUUGGAAGCAAAGAAAGCCAGUACAAAAACGGAAUCAGCAAUGGCAAUACGUGUCCCCGUGUUGUCACCCACCGGAAAGAAUUCCAUAUCAAACACGCUAAAAGUAGCCAAAGCAUUGGACAUAGCCGCCAAGGGGUCAGUAUUCUAUGGUAUUGAAAACGGGUCGGAAGGCACGAUGGAGAGUGUCUAUGUAAAGCUGCACUUCAGUCUUCGGCACAUCGAGUUUGCCUUCGAAGAGGGAUCCUUCUCCUUAAGUCUCGGCAGUGUUAUCGCAGUAUAUGUUGCAUCAUCUACCCUCACUUGUGGUGGUAAUGUAUACUACUGUCUUGUCUUAACGACUCCACAGACAAAGUACGAGAUUUAUGCGAGGGAUCGCAGCAUCCUACAAGCGUGGGUUUGCUCGCUUAAGAAUAUAUUGGCAUAUGGCAAGGACAUAAAGCCCCUCCGGAGCAUCUGGCUUUCCUCUUCAAAAGAAAAUGCUAGGCUUAGUUAG